AUGGAUGUUGCCAGCAAGCGUUUCACAACGCUCCUAGCCGCAAUGGCCCACCGAAGCGCCUCGAGAGAAGCUGAAGCGUACACUAGAGCAUCUGGUUGGAUAGAGUACAUAGAAGCAGUGCCAUCGCGAGCAGGCAGCGGUCAGACUCGUACGCGCACUCAAAGCAAUGCGCAUGUGACUACAAUUGUGAAGCAAUCUGUGACAGUGAUACUGACUGCCGGUUUCGCUGAGGUAUGA